AUGAACCCCUCCACCCUCACCUCUUCGCACACCCAACGCCCCCUCCUCUUACCCUCUCCCUUCCAUUCCAGACGCCGUCGUUUCAGAGUCUCCCUCCCUCGCUGUUCCUCUGGCGCCGCCUCCACUCCGCCUCCUCCUCCGCCGCAGCAGCGACCGCCCAAGGACCUCAAGGGAAUCGAGGUCCUCGUCGACAAGCUCUCACCGCCCGCCAGGCUCGCCACCUCCGCCGUCAUCGUCGCUGGCGCCGUGGCCGCCGGGUAUGGCCUCGGCUCCCGCUUCGCCAGUAACCGCUAUGCCGCGCUUGGUGGAGCUGUCGCUCUCGGCGCCGCUGGCGGCGCUGCGGCGUACGCUCUCAACGCGUCGGCUCCGCAAGUAGCCGCAGUUAAUUUGCACAACUACGUCGCCGCGUUUGACGACCCUUCGAAGUUGAAGAAGGAAGAGAUUGAGGCCAUUGCGUCGAAGUAUGGUGUGAGCAAGCAAGACGAGGCAUUCAAAGCUGAAAUUUGUGAUAUAUAUUCUGAGUUUGUCUCUUCUGUGCUUCCUCCUGGUGGAGAGGGACUUAAAGGUGACGAGGUUGAUAGGAUUGUUGCUUUCAAAAAUUCUUUGGGAAUUGAUGACCCGGAUGCUGCUGCUAUGCAUAUGGAGAUUGGGAGGAAAAUUUUCAGGCAAAGGCUGGAAGUUGGGGAUCGUGAAGCUGAUGUUGAGCAACGCCGGGCGUUUCAAAAGUUGAUAUAUGUGUCAAAUCUUGUAUUUGGAGAUGCAUCGUCUUUCCUUUUACCUUGGAAGCGUGUGUUCAAGGUCACUGAUUCCCAGAUUGAAGUUGCUAUACGGGACAAUGCGCAACGUUUGUAUGCUUCCAAGCUGAAAUCAGUUGGCAGAGAUAUUGAUGCAGAACAACUUGUUUCACUGAGAGAAGCACAACGUUUAUGUCGCCUUUCGGAUGAGCUUGCUGAGAACUUGUUUAGAGAGCACGCGAGGAAAUUGGUUGAGGAAAAUAUUUCAGUGGCAAUUGGCAUACUUAAAUCUCGCACCAGAGCAGUUCCUGGGGUUAGCGAAGCAGUUGUGGAGCUGGAUAGGGUAUUAGCAUUUAAUAAUUCACUUAUCUCAUUUAAGAAUCAUCCAAAUGUGGAUAGCUUUGCCCGUGGUGUUGGUCCAGUUUCUUUAGUAGGUGGUGAGUAUGAUGGUGACAGGAAGAUAGAAGACUUGAAACUCCUUUACAGAGCUUAUGUUUCAGAUGCUUUGUCUGGUGGGCGCAUGGAAGAUAAUAAGCUUGCUGCACUAAAUCAGUUAAGAAAUAUAUUUGGACUUGGUAAACGUGAAGCAGAAGCCAUUUCACUUGACCUUACUUCAAAGGUAUAUCGCAAACGACUUGCACAGGCUGCUGCAGAUGGUGAAUUAGAAAUGGCAGAUAGCAAAGCAGCCUUCCUUCAAAAUCUAUGUGAUGAACUUCAUUUUGAUCCACAAAAGGCCAGUGAACUUCAUGAAGAAAUUUAUCGGCAAAAGCUUCAGAAAUGUGUAGCUGAUGGGGAGCUUAGUGAGGAGGAUGUUGCUGCAUUGUUGAGGUUGCGUGUAAUGCUCUGCAUACCUCAACAGACUGUUGAAGCAGCUCAUUCAGAUAUCUGUGGAAGUUUGUUUGAAAAGGUUGUCAAGGAGGCAAUUGCAUCAGGUGUUGAUGGAUAUGAUGCUGAAAUCCAGAAAUCAGUAAGAAAAACAGCACAUGGCCUGCGACUUACUAGGGAGGUUGCUAUGUCUAUUGUAAGCAAGGCGGUAAGGAAGAUAUUUAUUAAUUACAUAAAGCGUGCGCGAGCAGCUGGAAAUCGUACAGAGUCCGCAAAAGAACUAAAGAAGAUGAUAGCUUUCAACACCUUAGUUGUAACUAAGUUGGUGGAGGACAUUAAAGGGGAGCCAAGUGAGAUUGCAACUGAAGAACCUGUAAAAGAGGACAUUAUGCAAAGUGAGGAUGAAGAAUGGGAGUCACUUGAGACACUCAAGAAAAUAAGACCGAAUGAAGACCUUAUGGAAAAGUUGGGAAAACCUGGUCAGACAGAAAUUACACUUAAAGAUGAACUUCCUGAAAGGGAUAGGACUGAUCUUUACAAGACAUACUUACUUUUCUGUCUAACUGGUGAAGUAACAAGGGUUCCGUUUGGUGCUCAGAUCACUACAAAGAAGGAUGAUUCCGAGUAUCUUCUUCUAAAUCAGCUUGGUGGGAUCCUGGGAUUGAGUAGUAAUGAAAUAGUGGAAGUGCACAGGGGUCUAGCCGAGCAAGCAUUUAGGCAACAAGCUGAGGUAAUUUUGGCUGAUGGACAGUUGACAAAGGCCAGGGUGGAGCAGCUUAGUAGCCUCCAGAAGCAAGUUGGCUUACCUCAAGAAUAUGCUCAGAAAAUAAUAAAGACUAUAACCACUACAAAAAUGGCAGCUGCCAUUGAAACUGCUGUCACUCAAGGGAGGCUCAAUAUAAAGCAAAUAAGAGAACUCAAGGAAGCCGAUGUUGAUUUAGACAGUAUGAUAUCUGAGAACUUGAGAGAGACCGUCUUCAAAAAAACUGUCGAUGAUAUUUUCUCAUCUGGUACUGGAGAGUUUGAUGAUGAAGAAGUAUAUGAAAGAAUCCCAUCAGAUCUCAACAUUAACAAAGAGAAAGCGAGAAGGGUUGUUCACGAGCUUGCAAAAAGUAGACUAUCCAAUUCGCUCGUUCAGGCAGUUUCUCUAUUACGACAGAGAAAUCGCGAGGGAGUGGUUUCUUCACUGAAUGACUUGCUGGCUUGCGACAAAGCAGUGCCCUCACAGACAGUUUCAUGGGAAGUUCCAGAAGAGCUUGCUGAUCUAUACACCAUAUAUUUGAAUAGUGGUCCAGCUCCUGAGAAUUUGUCUCGCCUGCAGUAUCUGUUGGGUAUAAAUGAUUCCACAGCUGUUGCUCUUAGGGAGAUGGGAGAUAGAUUGCUCAAUUCUACUGCGGAGGAAGAGAACUUUGUAUUCUAG